AUGUUGACUACGAAUUUCCAAGAUAUUUUUUCUUUGUUAGGCAUAAUUUUUGGUUUAUUUCUCAAUGUUCAUUCAUUUAAACCUGAACCACGAGGAGGUCAUAUGGUAACAUUAGCAAAUGAUAGAAUUUAUUUCUUUGGUGGUUCACGGCCUAUACCUAUGGCCUCACCUGCAUGGAAUCAAACUCAUCAAUUUAAUCUAUCAGAUGAAGUGUUCUAUUUAGAUCUUUCUUCUUCAUUUUCGGUUGAUUUACCUCCAUUCAUAGAUCUUUCCGCUACUUCUCGAAUGCCAUUUGGCUCUGAAAAGGGAUCAACGGUAUUAGGAAAUAGAGGUAUACGUAUAUUUCUUAUUGGUGGGGUGCAGCAAAAUAUGGAAACAUUUGGCUAUAACACAACAAAUUCUAGUCUUUGGAUAUAUAAUAUAAAUUCACAACACUGGGACACUAGUGGACCAGGAACAUACGGACCACCACUUCCAAGGCGUAGAUCCACUGCAACAGUUAUUGAUAAAAAUGGUGUAAUUUAUAUAUAUGGUGGAAGGGUGCAGGUGGACACUGUUUCAGAUGUGUUUACGAUAUUUGACGAUUUUUUCACCUUUGACACCUUAUUAUUAAAGUGGUCAAAUUUAACUGAUCACCCAUCUAAAAGGAGUCAUGCAUCUGCUACUCUCAUGCCUGAUGGAAACAUUAUUUAUAUAGGUGGUGUUACUCAGUCUGCCCCCGGUGAAGACGCAAACCGUAUAAGUAUGAAUGAUAUAUAUAUAUUUGAUACUCUUGAUUCAACCUGGUCUCAGAAGUCCGCUUUGGGAGACGACAUUGAUCCUCGUGUAGGGCACACUGCUCUCCUAGCACCAGAUAAUCACACUAUAGUUAUCUUAGGAGGCUCACAAAGUUAUGGAUAUAACCACACUACACCACACCCAAUUUUUCUAUUGCUAGAUGUUAAAUCUGAACCCUUUCAAUAUUCAUCACCCCAAACCUACGGAAAUUCCCCUCCCCCCUUGGCAUUUCAUACAGCGACGCUGUAUGAAAAUUAUAUGAUCGUGGCAUUUGGUAAUAUCACCAAUGAUUCUGGAUCUCCAACAAAUACGUCAUCUAAUGUGUAUUUAAUGAAUUUAUUAAAUUACACAUGGGUGACGCGAUUUGAAAAGAUUUCUUCAUCCAACUCUACAGAUACUACCUUUGCCGCAACUAUUAAUAUUAAAUUG